CGACACUCACUUGCCUGACGCCACAGUAUGAGGAUCUCCGAGGUGUUGUUUCUGGUGAUGAUCGUGGUGGUGGGAGUGAUGGGCAAGGCCGUGCAUCACCGCCCUACUGGCAGCCCUUACCACCCUACCACUUACAAGCCCCACUAUGAGCCCACGCCCAUCUACACCCCAUCAUAUACGCCAAAGCCUACAUAUACUCCGGCCUAUACACCCAAACCCACCUAUGCACCACGACCAACCUACUCCCCUUACAAGCCUGAACCACUCUACAAGCCCGUCUAUACUCCUAAACCUGUCUACAAGCCGGAGCCCGUCUACACGCCCGAGCCUGUCUACACUCCUAAGCCCGUCUACACACCCUCGUACAAGCCUGCCCCAGUAUACCAUGAUGGACCUACAAAAUACGAUUUUGGGUAUGGUGUGGCUGACAACUACCACGGCACAAACUUUGGUCACUCAGAAAAGCGAGAGGGCUACCGGACUGAAGGCCAGUACUUUGUGGAUCUCCCCGACGGUCGCCGCAUGAUUGUCAAGUAUUACUCUGAUGAGACCGGCUAUCACCCCACAAUCACUUACGAAGGAACGCCGACCUACCCAGAGCACAAGCCAGUAUACAAGCCAAGACCCACUUAUAAGCCUGAACCAAGCUACAGACAUGAACCUGUGUACAAGCCUAGACCAACCUACCAUCCUGCAGCGCACCAUGAACCUCUCUAUGGAUCACAUUAUUAAGAAAUUAUUAUUUUUAACUUGUCAACUCUACUAGCCUAGUCUCUCAUAACAGUGAAAGAUAAUAAUUAUUUAACAAUAGAGUUUAGUAACAGUGACAAAUGAACACAUUCAUAUCUAACUAAAAUAACCCUGGGAGUUGUGACCCUGCCUCACCAGCUGUUCCUACCCUGUGGGGCGGAGUUAAGAAGGGCAUCCAGCCAUAAAACUUUGCUUCAACAUGCAUGCACCCAUCCCCUGGUCCCAGCUGUAUUUUCUGGGUUGACGAACUGGGUUUGUGAAGGUGAGUGGGGAUGGGGGGGGGGGGGACAUCCCAUUCUUGCUUUACCUAACAAUUGCAAUCAGGUGAUCAUGGCUGACCCACACAAGGGUGAAAUAUGACCAUAAACAAUGAUGAUAAUAUAUGUUUUAAAUAUAAUAUUGUAUUUAUUUCUCAGAAAAAUCUGAUGUAACAUUUCUUACAUAAAGUGACCACUAUUUAUAUUCUACAUUCCUCUAAUAAGUUCAUUAACCCCUGACUUUCAAUCCACACAUACUGUAUUGAUAAGAGUGAUUAAACUAUCAAAGGUUCAUUCAUUAAUCUUCUGGUAUCUGUGCAAAAAGGCUCAAAUGUCUGAUUAAUAGUUUAUAUCCUACUAAAGUCAUCCUUCAUAUAUAUGUGAAUGUUUAAUUUAUUGUGUGAACUUAAGGACCAGAGAAGCUUCCCUUGUCUACAUCAAAGUGUGCAAGUAAAUUAAAUUUCAAAACCAAAUUUGUUAAUCCUGUGCCUAAUUUUACUAAAAACUUACUUCUGCUAAGUUUCUUGUUUAAAUCGAAUUUUGGCCUUUAAAAAAUAUCUAUACGUAACAGUUUCAUUGCUGAGCUGAAUAUUCUUCACAAUAUCAAACUUUGAGAGAUAUUUACCAGUACAGUAUCUCUGCUGCAUGAUAACACUCAUGCUGCCAUACACAAUAAACUGUCUAACCCCCUUAACUACAGGAACACCAAUUUUAAUACAGUACCCCUGUAUAUUAUUUGGCUAACACCAGACAAUUUCAUUCAUGUCAGAGGGAAGCCCAUACACAAGGGGUUAUCAUCUUAUUAUUGUAAUUGCCAUGGAAGAAUGUCUGAGUUACAAUUAAAUAAUUUAAAGUUUCAUGUCAAAAGAUAGGUUGGAUGCUGAUAGGAACAACAGUACAGUCUGUUUUACUAACACACUAAUUUAACUAUCCAACUAAUAUAUUGUACACUACUGUAUUAGUAUUUGAAUCAUAACAAUAAAGUAGGACUCUGGUAGGGUGUGUAUGGUACAGUAUAUAUAACAAAGUCUGAAAGUCUCUGUAAUAAAGCAAAUCCAUAUUG